CAGAACUGCAAAGCACAGGAAUGGGAUGAGACGUGCCGCUGCUCCGGGGAACACACACACCGCGGGUCUGGGAAAACCAUGUAAUGGGCUGUGUGACAAGCUCCCAUUUGGGACCAUUCGCUGCGCCCAGGAGACUAAGUGACCCCAGGAAGGAUAGGUACCGAGCUCCCCCUGGGUCUAGGAGCACACUGUCAGCGGAAGACGACCGGGGAACCAAGUUUUUUAGACUGGUGGUUAGCUGGAAACAAAGGAAUUGUAAAGAGCGUUCUGGGCAUCGAAACUGUUACUGUGUAAGAAAAGUUUGCUCAGGAAGGUGGUAGUGUUUCAUUCUGUCGAGUGUGGCAAGUGCUUGGGACAGUGGCCGUGUCCUGGACGUUGCCUGUCUUGAUGCUUUCCACGCUUCCAGCCCCAGAAGAGUGAAGGCACCUUAGCGCCUGACUCUGGAAAUAAGAUGUUGACCAGAUGAGCUGACACCAGUGUUGAGUUUGGAAGGAAAACAGGCGUCAGUGAGGCGGAAAAGGGGGCUUUUAAGGGCAAAGGCUGGAAAGUAUGGCAGGGUUAGUGGUGUUUGGAAGAGGGACAAUGAAAAAAGAUUGAGGCCAAAUUUGGGAACGAUGUGUUCCAAAAGCCCAUCUUUGGGAAAGAGUCUGCAAAAUUUACGCAUAAUAAUUGUAGACACGGAUACCUGAGCAAUCUGUUACAGAGACUGCCUAACUUUUUAGGUGGAUCAUAAAGACAAGAAGGAAAGGUUCAAGGGCAGAAUGCUUACAGAAGCUGGAGUGAUUUGAAGAAACUACAGAACAGAGGAAUCUGUGUGUGACUGGGAAAAUUACCUAGUUCUGAUCAACUGGUAAAAUGAGGGUAUCCCAGGGGACAGAGCAGCAGGGACAAAGGAGUGGCAGCAGGAAAAAGGGUUCUUGUAGGAGAGGGAUUCCAAAAAUAUAACUGGAGCUGUGUGUACGUUUCCUAAAGACAACAUCCUUAUACUUGUUUUGAGUUAUCCACUGGGUAGUACUGAAUUAAUUUUUGAGUGAAACAUCAAGGCUUCAGCUGUUUCACUGGUGGCCAAAAUAGCUGGGCACCUUCUGCUUCAGUUUUGCCUGGCUCUUUACUAUGGGGGUAAAAACUUUUAUCCCACCCCAACCUGUAUAAUUAUUACCCAGGCAUUAGGGCUAUGAUGCAGUCAUACUACUGGGUCCAAGCAUGGGUCUGUAUGAAGGAGUUGGAGUCCACCCCUAAAGAUUGUUCCUUGUAUGAGUGUUCAUAGCUUCAGAAACUAGGAGUGACUGGGAGUGCCUUUGGUGCCAUUGGCUUCCAGGCCAUUGGCAUGGCUGCUUUGUGGCAGGGAACACAGUAGAGUGAUAACCCAUGAUGAAGCAGCAGAGCCCAAACUAGGAAACAGGAAAUCCAGAGGUACCCUCCAUGCUGGCUGCAGCUGUUUAGGAGAAAAAAUGGAGAGUCAGUCAUGGCCAAGGGCUAAGUAACAUCUUGACCACUUGGUCCAGGCAUUGAAGGGAGUAUGGCAUUAAAAAUCAGAGGAAGGAACCCCAAAGGGAAGCAGAAAUGAGCAGCAAGGAGUCCUGCUACUGUUGUUCACCUGGAGGUGCCCCUUUCAGAACUCGGGUUGGGCACUAUUUUAAGAAAGGCAGUUUCAUUUACAAAUUCAGCUGAGGAUUUCUGUCAGCUCUGUAGUUGGUCACUUUGCAUAGCCCAGUUCAGUAUCUUAGUACGUUCAUUUAGCUCCUGUGCCUAAGAAUGCUAAUACUAAAGCCAAGUCAGGUAGAGACUUUUGUAAAAAGUAGUGCAGCAAAAGGCUAAAGGGGACAGAGAGGAGACUUGGUUAUUAAUCAGGGAUUCAUCAAAGGCAUCCUGAGCAGGGAAAGGUCUGACAAGAUCAAAGCUGCAGGAAAAUGGACAGUGAGGUACAGAGAGAUGGAAGGAUCUUGGACUUGAUUGACGAUGCUUGGCGAGAAGACAAGCUGCCGUAUGAGGAUGUUGCAAUACCACUGAAUGAGCUUCCUGAACCUGAACAGGACAACGGUGGCACCACAGAAUCUGUUAAAGAACAAGAAAUGAAGUGGACCGACUUGGCCUUACAGUAUCUCCAUGAGAAUGUUCCCCCUAUAGGAAACUAAUACCUGGCUCCUUCUUCAUGGACAGAUUUUUGAAAAAUACAUAGAUACAAAAUGUUUUCUUUCAUCUCCUCAUUCAGAUCUUGAAGUGGUACAUCUACACUCAAAAAUGUACACCCACCUAGUUUUUGUGACAGCAGAAUGCAAUGUGGAAAUACCAGAAUGAGGAAUUGAUUGAGAUUUCUCAGGAAUGCUGAGUAUUUGGCCCUUUGAACCAAAAGUUCUUCAUUCACUAGCUUGUGUUUGAAUGUGACUGGUACAGCAUUUGCCUUUCACUCUGACUUUGCUUUACUGUCAGAGUUUAACCCAUCCCAUCUACUUACCUGUGUCCCGUGACAUAGGUGACUGAAGACAUGAGGGGAUGGGCAAAGACAGGGAAGCCAGGUGUAAGGAGAGCGUUAACUUCUCACAUGCCUCCCUCUGAGCCGCAGUGUAUAGCACCUGCGGGUAGGAUGGAUGUCUGGGUAACCCACUCACUGAUGGCUGGGAUUCCUAAGAUCCCCUGUGGCAUUUUCAAAAUUUAUUUCAAAAUAAAUUGGCAGAUUAAAGGUUA